AUGAAGCCUCAUCAAACAAAAAAACCUAAAACUGAUUGGCAUGAUCUUCGUCAACAACAUCAACCUGCUUUUGGUGAAAUAUGUUCCUUUAGCGAAGAAAAUAUAAUUCAAAAAGGACGAUGUUACUUCUUGACUUAUAUUUUUCGGUGUUAUAUGGGAUUAUUAGAAGAAAGUAAAGAAAAUAAUGGUAAAGAAAUGCUAUCACAGGAUAAAAAUGAAGAAUACCAACAAGCAUUUCACCGUUUUGGUUCCUUGGAUUUUGUUGGUGAUGUAGAUGAAGAAGAGCGUGUAUUCAACAUAAUACAAAAAUUUAUCUGUGAUGUAUACAACGUUCCUGGAAUAAUUGAUGUAGAUGCUGUCAGACUCCAACUGUUUAUUAACAAUUAUAUGAUUUCUGACAUUAAUGAAGAAUUCAAUCGGAAAAAUUUGAAAAACUUCGAUGCUAGCAACUUACCACCUUGUAAAAGUGAGCUUUGGCAACAGUUCCGACGGGCUAACUAUAUUGCUAGUCUUUGGAACAAUGCAACUAUGAAGAUGAUAAAUAUUUUCAAACCCGAAAAUAAUGGCUGGACAUUAAAAUAUGGUACAUAUAAUUUUCAUUGGUUCGAUGAAGAUCAAUUACCGGGUGUCAGUGAGUCGCUGAAAGAACAAUCAGUGGAAGGAACUGAGGAUAAUGCUGAUGAUGACAAUGACGAUUUAGAUAUUUAA